AUGUCUUCUAAUAGAUCAAUAGACAAUUUCAAAGACUUUCCACCGAUUCAAAAAGCAAUAAAACUAUCUACUUCUUUAGUUUGUGAUCAGAAUUCUCGUCAAGUUCAAGAAUGUCUUGACCAACUUAAACGUGCAAUAUAUAGUCAAAUAAUGGAACCUUCUCGUGAUGAAAAACCUCAUCAUUGGUCAACUCUUUGGGCACAUAUGAAAUUUUGUAUGAACGAUCUUAAACAUUGGGAAGUGGGAGCCGGACACCCUGCUGAUAGAUUAUCCGAUUCUUAUAUUCGGUUAGCGUUAUUGCGUCUGUUUUUUGAAGUAGGUGGGCUUUCGAAAAAAAAGCAGAUAGAAGGAAUAAUUGCUGAUAUUUUGGAAAUACAAGCAACUAUCGAAAGAGUAAAAGAUAGAACUAA